UUUUCCGAAGAGGUUUGUCGGGGUUUGUUGUCACAUUGUGCUUUUUUUUGGGGCACUUCUUUGUUUAGGGUUUGGUUAAACUGUGUGGACUGAUUUCAGCACACCUACGGAGACGGAAGACAUCACCAUCUGGUCCAUGUUUUAAUGAAUGAGACGGUGUUGGAGACUGGAAGGUGAAAGAUGACGCAGUUUUUGCCUCCAAACUUGCUGGCCCUGUUCGCCCCGCGGGAUCCGAUCCCCUUCCUGCCGCAGCUGGAGAAGCUGCCCCACGAGAAGCACCACAACCAGCCCUACAGCGGCAUCGCUCCGUUCAUCCGACACUUCGAGGACCCUAGAGAUGCUCCCCCCACCGACCAGGGCCAGAGACCCGCGAGGAGCGCUUGGAGAGAAAGAGGCGCGGAGAAGAUGGAAAGGAGACAGGCAGUAGUGGAAACAGAACUCAAGCUGUGGGAUCCACAUAAUGACCCCAAUGCACAAGGGGAUGCCUUCAAGACAUUGUUUGUUGCACGAGUGAACUAUGAUACCACAGAGUCCAAGCUGCGCCGUGAAUUUGAGGUCUAUGGCCCCAUCAAACGGAUCUACAUUGUCUACAACAAGAGAACCGGCAAGCCACGGGGCUACGCAUUCAUUGAAUAUGAGCAUGAACGAGAUAUGCAUUCUGCCUACAAGCACGCAGAUGGAAAGAAGAUUGACGGCAGAAGGGUGCUGGUAGAUGUGGAAAGAGGACGCACUGUCAAAGGAUGGCAUCCACGUAGACUAGGAGGCGGACUGGGCGGCACGAGGAGAGGUGGAGCGGAUGUCAACAUCAAGCAUUCCGGGCGAGAUGAUGCCUCGCGUUAUGAUGAUCGCUCUCUUGGGGGGGACCGUGGAGACCGCCAAGAACGGAGCCGAGAACGUGAUCGGGACAAAACCCGAGAUAGGCGACGGUCUAGAUCUCGUGAACGUCGUCGGCGUACCCGUUCCCGGGAACGUGAAAGGGAGAGAGAAAGACCAGUUGGUGGAGGUGAUGACGCCAGCGGGUCUAGCCGGCGUAGAGAGCGAGAGAGAGAUCGUGGAGUGGUACCAGGAGGCGAUAGCAGAAGUAGGGAAAGAAGUCGAGACAGAGACAGGAAAAGGAGGAGCAGAAGCAGAGACCGCAAGAGAGACAGGGAGAGAGGUAAGGGGUUGGAUGGAGAAGACGUUAACCAGGGAGAUGGCGUUGCAGAUGGUGGGGAACGUGUGCCUGAGGAGCAUGAAGGUGAAGUGGGCGAGGGUGUGGAGGAGCGUAGGGAUAGAGACAGAGACAGGGACCGUAGACGCAGGGACAGAGACAGGCGAAGAGGUGACCGAGACCGGGAGCACAAGAGAGAACGGGGAGAUAGAGAGAGGGGAGUCGGGGACCGGAGGGAGGAGCGCCACGGAGCCCUUCGAGAAGAUAUGGUCCCACAGGAAGAUGCUGUCCCUGAGGAAGACGGAGGCACACUGCCACAAGUGGAGGAGUACAAUGAAGAUGGCGUGACGAUGGAGCAGGAGCUGAUUCCGUCUGGAGAAGAAUACGGCUCCAAUGAGAAUGGAUACAAGAUGGAAGCACAGGGAGAUGAAUAUUGAGGAUUUUCUGUUUUUAGGCGCCGGACUCUUAGUAAAUGUGCCUGGCUUUCAAGGGUUUUUUUUUUGUUGUUGUUUUUGUUUUUUUUGUUUUUUAGCACAUCGUAAAAAGUACAAAAUCAUUCUGAAGAAAUUUCCCACCAAUGCUUAAAGUUGACACUUGAAACUGACUAAAUAUCAAGAGGGACAGUCUUCUUGUCCCAACUAAUCCGCGCCCCUUCUCCUUUGUGGCAGAUGCUGUUGAGGAAGUAAAAUGGCAUAUAAUUGUUUUGUCUUAACGUUGAUUGUUUUUAUUUUGACAUUCAAACGAGCAAUUAAAUUCAAUGAGCUGUCAA